GAAUUACAGCAUGCGGGCCAAAUGCCAGAAACUGUUGGAACACUGAAGGAAGUUAUAAAUGCUCCUGUAAGAAUGGGUUUACUGGAUGGAACUCGUUGUCUGGCUGCAAUGAUAUUGAUGAGUGUAAACUAGGUUCUCACAACUGUACUGGAAGCCUCCCAGUUUGUGUAAACUCCAUAGGAAGCUACACAUGUGUGGCCCCUGUAAAGCUGACAGGUGGAGCAACUUCUAGAGAAGGAACAGUUUAUGUUUGGAAUCAACUGAAUCAAAGAUAUGAAGGAGUUUGUGAUGAUUCAUGGGAUAUCCAAGAUGCGACGGUUGCCUGUAGAUGGCUUGGUUUUGGAGGAGGGUCCCCUACUACUAAUAGCUUUUUUGGUUCCGAAUCCAACUAUAUAAUGGAUGAUAUGAUGUGUACAGGAAGUGAGAGUAGUCUAUUCAGCUGUCCAUAUAAUCCUAAACAUAACUGUGGUCCUGGUGAGACAGCAGGGGUUAAGUGUUCAUAACUACAGUAGAAAUGAAUAAUAGUCAAAUAUUUAAUCAUGAAGCAUUAAUAGAAGCAUUAUUGUAUCACAUCUUUUAAUUAAUGCAUCAUUGAAAAUCACAUUUUUAGCAGUAGCAGAAAUUUCUUUUUAUAAUUAUUGCAAAAUAACCAUGGAUUUUAUAAAACAGCAAAUACAUCUUUAUGAACCUAAUAAUAAUAAAAUAAUACAAUGCAGGGACAUUAGUUCCAAAAC